UCCGUGGUCUGACCAACAGAACGCAGGAGUAGGGUGAGCAGCACAGCUCAGCCGUGGAAAGAUGGCGUCUCUUCUGCAGCCAGAUAGAGUCGUCUAUCUGGUUCGUGGAGAGAAAAGGAUUAGAGCCCCGCUAUCUCAGCUUUAUUUUUGUCGCUACUGUAGCGAGUUGAGGUCGCUGGAAUGUGUGUCUCACGAGGUGGACUCGCAUUACUGUCCAAGUUGCCUGGAGAACAUGCCGUCCGCUGAGGCUAAGCUCAAAAAGAACAGGUGCGCCAACUGCUUUGACUGCCCGUGCUGCAUGCACACACUGUCAACUCGGGCCACUAACAUCCCAGCUCCCCUGGCUGAUGACCCUACCAAGACCACCAUGAAGAAAGCCUACUACCUGGCCUGUGGUUUCUGUCGCUGGACCUCCAGGGAUGUAGGAAUGGCUGACAAAUCAGUCGCCAGCGGUGGAUGGCAGGAGCCAGAAAACCCCCACGCUCAGCGGAUCUCCAAGCUGAUCGAGUAUUACCAGCAGCUCGCCCACCGAGAGAAGCAGGAGAGAGACAGGAAGAAGAUGGCGAGGAGACGACAGUGCAUGCCCCUGGCGUUCUCGCAACACACUAUUCAUGUGGUGGAAAAAUACGGCCUUGGAACCAGACUGCAGAGGCAGAGGCCCGGAGCCCCCAUCUCCGCCCUGGCAGGACUUUCCCUCAAAGAGGGCGAGGACCAGAAGGAGAUCACCAUCGAGCCCGCCCAGGCGCUUGACGAGGUGGAGCCGCUGCCUGAGGAUUGCUACACCAGACCCAUCAGUUUACCAGAAGUGACCACGCUGCGGCAGAGGCUGCUGCAGCCGGACUUCCAGCCCGCAGGAGCGUCUCAGCUCCACCCCAGACACAAACACCUCCUGAUGAAGCGCUCGCUGCGCUGCAGGAAAUGCGAGCACAACCUGAGCAAGCCGGAGUUUAAUCCGACUUCAAUCAAGUUCAAAAUCCAGCUGGUGGCUGUGAGCUACAUCCCUGAAGUCAGAAUAAUGUCCAUUCCUAAUCUCCGACACACGAAGGAGAGUCAGGUGCUGCUAACCCUGACCAACCCAGUGGAGAACGUCACCCACGUCACCCUGGCUGCCUGUGAAGAAGAAGACCCUGACGACGUUAACAGCACCGCCAAGGUUCUGGUACCCAGUAAGGAGCUGGUGUUGGCAGGGAAGGAUGCUGCAGCUGAGUACGAUGAGCUGGCUGAACCGCAGGACUUCCAGGACGACCCAGACAUCGUCGCCUUCAGGAAGUCCAACAAGAUCGGCUUCUUCAUCAAGGUGAUCCCUCAGAAAGAGGACGACUCGGACGUCACCGUCACGUUCAGGAUGCGCCACGACUUCCGCAACCUGACGGCCCCCAUGCGGCCGAGCGAGGACGGGGGCGACGCCGCGCCCGAGGCCAUCUGGCUCACGCAUCACGUGGAGCUGAGGCUGGGGCCGCUCGCUCCCUGAGCGCAAAUAAAAGUAUUUAGCUCUUUGAAACCGAUCUCUGGCUCAGCUCCCUCCUUCAGGGUCUUUAGUUUCUCGCUUGCCUUCCUUUUACCUAGCGGUCGCACAAUAACCCCAAUCUGUUGCUCAGUUCAUGGUAAAACUAUAGAAAACUGUUGGUUCACCUCUGUUUAAAACGACUGUCGUGACAGAUUGUGUGUUUCACUACACCCCCCCCCCCCCCCGUCGAAACACUAUACAGUCUAUUAGCACGAAGCAGCUCCAGCGUGGGAGCUUAGGAUGUCUUAAUGUUGCGCGUACAGUGCUUUCUUUAUCCCCUCCGUCUCCAUGUGGUUAUAAUUCACUGCAACACCAAGCGGGUGCAAGCUGUUGGGACUGAGCGGGUGAAAUCAGUGAGCAGAAUCAAGGGGCAAGAGAUGAGAGCGGUCUGAAGCGGGACUCGGCUCCGCCCCGCGUGUCCGUCUUCGUCCUUCUCUGCAGACCAUAGUUUUGUGUUUUCAUUGCAUGCUUUGUCGAAAUGAAAUGCAGCAAAUGUUAAGCGGCGUCUUCGUGCUGUGCACUGCCUGAACAUACCUGACGAUUGUGCAGGAACACUUCUUACUGUUUAACAGCUCGGUGCGUCUAGGAGCUCAUACUCUAGCUUGUUAAUCUAACGUCACCGCCGGUUUAGACAGCCAGGAAGUCGGUUUCUCUGCCUUCCUACAGGACUGAUCGUAACUGAUUAUAUCCCUUCAAACUGUAACGUAAAGCUGUAGGAAGCUCGGUGGAAUAGCGCCACCUUGAUACGUUUUUUUUUGUUUUUUUUUUCCAUUUCUCCUCCUUUUGGUUUGCAAACAUUGGUGAUCAGCCUGUAGGUGUGUGUUCUGCUAAACUGUGUGAUGUGUUAUCUUAGGAAAACUGGAGCUGUGCAUCAAUCAACCUGCACUACUGGCUAAUAAAGUGAUAACAUGCUGUAAUGGA